AUGGCGUUUCAAGACCAUCUCUCUGAAGGAAUGGCACUCCACCACCAACGGUGCACAGGCCAGCACCUAGCCGAAAACGGCAGCGUUUUAAGAGGUAUCUUACCAGAGUCAACGUCCGAUGGCGCCUCCCGAAAGCCACCGCCAACAUGGCUACUACGCCGACAAAACCACCACUUCGCCGCCGGUGAUAAUAAUUUCCUCCACCUCCAGACCAUCAACUCGGACUCGUCUAAUUCGAACCAGUGGCUCUUCAAACAAAACGACGACGUCUCGACCAUGAACCAAGAGAAGAAGAUGAAUAGCGAGAGUACCGAAAAUAACGGCGAAGAGAGUAGUGGUGAUUGGGAGCGUACGGUGAAGUGUAAAGCGGAGAUUGUGAAUCAUCCUCUGUAUGAUCAGUUGUUAUCGGUGCAUGUGCAGUGCCUGAGAAUCGCCACGCCGGUGGACCAGUUGCCGAUGAUCGAUGCGCAGCUGGCUCAGUCGCAGCAUUCGGUGGCGAAAUAUUCCAUGCUCGGUGGACAUGGAAUCCAGGAUAUUGAACAUAAAGAUCUCGAUCAUUUCAUGAGUUCUGUUCUUAUAUUUAGCCAUGCAGCGUCUGUUCAGCUGUGUAAGCAAUGGAGAAUUUCUGAGAAG